AUGCAGACGAUAAAAUGCGUCGUAGUCGGCGACGGAGCCGUUGGUAAAACUUGCCUUCUCAUUUCGUAUACAACGAAUAAAUUUCCAAGCGAAUACGUGCCAACAGUUUUCGACAAUUACGCUGUGACAGUCAUGAUCGGUGGAGAACCUUACACGCUGGGACUUUUCGAUACGGCGGGCCAGGAAGAUUACGACAGAUUGCGACCGCUCUCCUACCCCCAGACAGAUGUCUUCCUCGUCUGUUUCUCAGUGGUGGCGCCGAGUUCCUUCGAAAACAUAAAAGAAAAAUGGGUUCCUGAAAUCGCUCACCAUUGUCCAAAGACGCCCUUCUUACUCGUUGGCACUCAAGCGGAUCUGAGAGAAGACGGUGGAACUAUCGAGAAGCUGGCGAAACAGAAGCAGAAGCCGAUCACGUUCGAAUUAGGAGAAAAACUAGCCAAAGAGCUGAAAGCAGUCAGAUACGUCGAGUGUUCCGCCCUAACUCAAAAAGGUCUUAAAAACGUGUUCGAUGAAGCGAUAUUAGCGGCACUGGAGCCUCCCCAACAGAAGCCGAGCAAGAAAUCUAAGUGUAGUAUUGUAUAG